AGCUGGCCUCAGGUACAAGGAUAUAUAGCACGGUGAGCCCUUCUCCUGGAAGUCCAGAGCUACCCUUAGGAAAAGCUGCUUGCCGUGGGAUACAGAAAGAGUGCAUCUCAUUGCUCUUUAGACGUGAGUUAAAUUCUUCUGCCACAGUCUCGGCUCAGUUCUCGUUUGUACCUUCAAGUCCUAGAGAAAAUCAAAGUCCAAGACAGACAAAAAGGAACCUCUCUGGAGCUACACAACAUAAAGGGAGGAAUCAUGUCCAUGAUCGCGGCUUUCUACAGCGGCAAGUCCAUCCUCAUCACAGGGGCCACGGGCUUCAUGGGCAAAGUGCUGAUGGAGAAGCUGUUGCGCACCAGCCCCGACCUCAAAGUCGUUUACAUCCUUGUGAGGCCCAAGGCUGGCCAGACGCUACAGCAGAGGGUCUUCCAGAUCCUCAACAGUAAGCUGUUUGAGAAAGUCAAGGAAUUCUGUCCAAACGUACAUGAGAAGAUCCGGGCUGUUUCCGCGGAUCUCAACCAGAACGACUUUGCCAUCAGCAAGGAAGACCUGCAGGAGCUCCUCUCGUGCACAAACAUCGUCUUCCACUGCGCGGCCACUGUGCGCUUUGACGACAACCUCAGACACGCCGUGCAGCUCAAUGUCACGGCCACCCAGCAGCUGCUGCUGAUGGCCAGUCAGAUGCCAAAGCUGGAAGCCUUCAUCCACAUCUCCACAGCCUUUGCCAACUGCAACCUGAAACACAUCGAUGAAGUCAUCUAUCCAUGCUCUGUGGAGCCAAAAAAGAUCAUCGACUCUAUGGAGUGGUUAGACGAUGCUAUCAUUGAUGAGAUCACACCAAAGCUGAUUGGAGAUCGGCCCAAUACUUACACCUACACCAAGGCCUUGGGAGAGAUGGUGGUGCAGCAGGAGAGCGAGAACCUAAACAUCGCCAUUGUGAGGCCUUCCAUUGUGGGAGCAACCUGGCAGGAGCCUUUCCCAGGUUGGGUGGACAACCUGAACGGACCGAGCGGGCUCAUUAUUGCGGCUGGGAAAGGGUUUCUUCGGUCCAUUAGAGCUACUCCGAUGGCGGUGGCAGAUUUAAUUCCAGUGGAUACGGUUGUCAAUCUCACCCUAGCCGUAGGAUGGUACACUGCAGUGCACAGACCCAAGUCAACAUUAAUCUACCACUGUACCUCUGGUAACCUCAAUCCCUGUAACUGGGGCAAGAUGGGAUUGCAAGUCUUGGCAACCUUUGAAAAAGUCCCAUUCGAGAGAGCUUUCAGGAGGCCGUAUGCCGACUUCACCACCAACAACUUCACAACGCACUACUGGAACGCGGUCAGCCACCGGGCCCCUGCCAUCAUCUAUGACUUCUACCUGCGGCUCACCGGAAGGAAGCCCAGGAUGACGAAGCUGAUGAACCGGCUCCUGAGGACCAUCUCGAUGCUGGAGUAUUUCAUCAACCGCAGCUGGGAGUGGAGCACGUACAACACAGAGAUGCUGAUGUCCGAGCUGAGCCCCGAGGACCAGCGAGUAUUCAACUUUGAUGUGCGCCAGCUGAACUGGCUGGAAUAUAUUGAAAAUUAUGUCUUGGGAGUUAAGAAGUAUUUAUUGAAAGAGGAUAUGGCUGGGAUCCCAGAAGCGAGGCAACACUUAAGAAGGCUCCGAAACAUUCACUACCUCUUUAAUACCGCCCUCUUCCUCAUCGUCUGGCGCCUUCUCAUCGCGAGGUCACAGAUGGCUCGGAACGUCUGGUUCUUCAUCGUGAGCUUCUGUUACAAAUUCCUCUCCUACUUCAGGGCUUCCAGCACGCUCAAGGCCUAGGAACAGGCGACACCCACCUUCCAUCUGGAACCUCAGAUACCUCGGACAGAGAACUGUGCUUGUCACUGUUAGCAAGUAACAAGGAACACGCCCAAGCUGCGAUGGCAAACGUGCUGUUGCUGACCCAUCAUGUGACACAAACCCUUUGUGUUUCAGUGAGAGAAGGGGAACUAUACACUAGCCUAUAUCCACAGAUAUUUUAGGAAACAACUAUUUCCAUCUUGUUUCACAAAUACUCUAGUCCAAGCCUUCCCUUUGCGUGUGAAACAUAAAAGUGCUCCCACCUCCCCGUACUUAGCUUCUUUUCUCCUUGAGAGGCUCAAUUCCAGCCCAACAGCAUGGACGACACAGGGCAGAUACAGAGCUAGUCAAACAAAGGCAGAGCUGACCCCAGAAGUACCGUGAGGCACCCUCUUGAAAAGCUGUGAGGUGCGUAGAGCAAGAACGGUCCCACCAUCCUCACACAGGCCCUCAGACACGUGGUGCCCCGUGACAAAUGCCUCUCCUUCCAUUGCAUGUUAUACGUGGGAGUCCUGGUUGAAGGGUGCGGUGUAGGUGCGUUCACAUUAACCAUUUUUCUUAACUAUAUCCACUUCUUAAACCUAUAAAGGAAAAAGAAGUGUAAAUAUUUAUACAAUGAGGGCUUAAGCAUGUUUGUUUUGAGAACUCAAGUUUAUCAUGCUUUCAAAAUUGUUUCUGGUAAUUUUGACAGCUAUUAUUUCUAAAUCUUUUAGAUCAUAAUCAUCAGUUUUCCUGAUAAGCUGCUUCUGAGGUUCCUUCUUGUUCGUUAAAGUUGCCACGCCUCUUCCAGUUGGGCUGAUCUUACCCAGGCUUCAGUGAGAGCGGCUCAUAGGGAAGAGCAAAGUCCUAACUAGAAUUGGAGAGAAAACGCAGUCACCUGCUCUCUGCCACUGGGAAACUAAAAUAGCAAACCAAGUUUCCAGUUCUAGUUUGUUUUCUUGUGUAAGCUGCAGAGAGUACUCUUCUCUGAUCGUCAAGGAUUCCCUGAUGUCCUGAUCAUUCCAGCCGCACGCUGACCGCACGACGCACAGCGGCAAAGUGCUGACUGUACUGAAGUAACUAAAGCUUGCAGAAUAGGUGUGGGGCAUGUUUUUUGUUUGGCUUAAAAUAUUUUAUCUAUAAUUAAAACAAAUAAAAUCUGUGUUCUAGAAUUCCAGUACUAUUAAUAUACUGUUCUUCCAACCUUCCUCAUGUCUGAAAGAUGAACAUAUUUGAACUGCAGCGUUUCUUCAUGCUGCAAACAUGGCCUAUUCAAAUGUGGUAUCUGGGGCCCAAGCAACUAAAAAGCAAGCUUAACCUCACCGAGUAUCUCAGAGUCACACAGGCGUCUGGCAUCCCCAGAGGACGGUGGCUCUACUUAUGGUCAUCUUCAGGGGUAACGUGAUAAUCAGAAAGGCACGUACGGGCAGUGGAAAGGCACCAGGCCUUAGGGCCGUCUCUCACCCAGUAUUACUUCACUUUCUCCAGAGAUCCUGGACGAGUGUUUCAGGGAACUCCUCUGGGCAGUGUCCUUCCCCAUGGCAUCUAAGAUGUAGAGAACACUCCCUAUGCAGACCAUCUAGCUCUGACACCAAGAACCUGUGAGAUUUAGUUUCAGUUGUCUGUGAUACUUCUGCGUUACAGCAAUUAAGAUACAAACUAUAGAUAUUCAUUCGAAAUCGGUAUCACUUAAUGGGAUUGAAUAAAAACAGUUGAUCUAAGAAUUUAUCUUUUGAUUACUGUAUGUUUCAACAAUUCAAUAAUUCCACUGAUCAAAGAUUCACAUCUUAACUUUUGAUUAAAUAAAAAUUUGAAUUAAAAAUA